AUGGACCCCGAGAAGAUAAUUCACAAAUCACGCCUGGAAUGCCUCCCGACAGAGCUUAAACAACUCAUACUGGCUGCUAUUCCAGAUGUGAUGUCGCUGAGGUCCGCAGCAUUGUGUUGCUGGUCAAUGUACCAAGCAUUUAUGGGCGCUGAAAAAUUGAUUACUCCCCAGGUUCUUACCUCUCAGCUGAAUCCUGAGUUACUACACUAUGCCCUUGUCGCCCACGAAGCAGCCAAGUAUACCGUCCCUUGGACGCCAGAAACCGCUGAGGCUUUCAUAAGAAGACUUUUGUCAAAAUCGAAUCCCAUGCUUGUCCCCAAGCCAUCCAGGCUCUCGGAAGCACUGCCUAUAGCCGGGUUCUACAAUCUCGUUCAGCACUUUGUGGAUGACUUCGUCUCUGCUAUGUUCAGCACGCCAUUUGGACCAGCAAACCAGGAACAAGGAUCUUGGGCAUUGUCGUCAAGCGAAGUCAACCGCAUCGAGAUCGCAUUCUAUCGAUUUGAAAUAUACUGCAAGCUGUUCAAAGGAGGAACUGAUCAGGACCCUUUUGCCGGCCAUCUUCCUGACCAAAAAGAAAUCUUUCACAAGAUGUUUCCCCCUUGGGAAAACGAGCAACUUGCCUGUGUUCACGAUUAUUUACUGGAGAGAGUGAAAAAUGUGCAGGAAGGGAUCUAUCAUGGUUGUAUUGCAUACCAUUUAUCUCAGGGGCUGAGCUACCUCCACACACUGCUCAGCAACCCUCUAAUUAUUACCACUGAAGACUACGACCGUCCACUCCGCUCGACCCAGCUAUGGUUCCUCGAACAUAGCCUAAUUGACAUCGCGGCGCGGCAGUAUUUUACCACAGAAUCCUCUAACAUAGCGGAGGUGAAGAGGGCAUUUCCACACACGUCAGACCUGGACACUGGCCCGAUUGACGUCUGGGACUGGGCAAGGCGAUCAAGGGCCUACCGGCCCCUCGUGAGUAAUGAGCGCCCUAUUCCACUUCGCAAAUGGGGAUAUGUAAUGUGGGACCGGGCAAGACUUGAUGGGUGGGGUGUACUCCGAACUACGUGGGGAGAGCGCGAGGCUUAUUCUGUGAUUCAAGUGAUGGAGAUCCAGCGAGCACAGGACAAAGACUUGAUUGAUGGUAUAGCGCAAGAACUUCAUCGAGAACGGACGCGGUUGUACCGUGAGCAGUGCAGGAGGCUAAGGCGGCCGUAG